AUGAAAAAAAUUGAAGUUGAAAAGCAUGAUAAUAAUUACGAGUUUGAUUUGGUUUGCAUUGGCGGCGGAAGCGGUGGUUUAGCCUGUGCUCUAAAGGCGGUGGAGCUAGGCGCCAAAGUUGCUUGUAUAGACCCACAGCGUGGUGCUGCUGGAAUUUAUACCAACGCUGGUAUUACAUACAAAAAGCAAAUGCAUCAAGCGUGCUUGCUAGGAAAAGAUAUACGUCAUGCCGCCUACUAUGGUUGGAACAUAUGCAGUGCACGUAAACGUCCAAUAAACUGGCGAAAGUUGAUUUCUAGUAUACAAAAUGUUACGGAAGAUGUUGCAAAAGAAGAUGACCGUAUGAAAUAUAUAAAAUUCUUCAAUGGCUUCGGUUCGUUUGUUGAUGCUCGCAGCGUAAAGAUUAAGUUGAUCAACAACGAAGAGCUUUUAGUUACAGGUAAACAUAUUCUAGUGGCCACUGGAACUCAGCCUGUUUAUCCUAAAAUCCCCGGCUCGUUGGAAUAUGGUAUAACAAGCGACGAAUUUUUCUCAUUGCCAUCACCGCCCACGGGUAAAACAUUAUGCGUGGGCGGUGGCGUCGUUUGUAUGGAAAUAGCCGGUAUUUUAAAUGGUCUCAAUUUCAAUGUGACUGUUAUGGCCCGUAGUGAAGUACUUCGGGGUUUCGAUCAGGAGAUGGUUAAACUUGUAAUGAAGGACAUGACUUCCCGCGGUGUAGCAUUUUUACAACAUUGCUUCCCAAAGUCAAUAGCAUUAACGCGAUGUAAGCGUUUAAUUGUUACUUAUAAUAACAGUCAAAAAAACAAUGCCGAAGAAUUUCGUAUAUUUGAUAGAGUCAUUUGGGCUAUCGGUAGACGAGCACUUUUAGACGACAUUAACAUCUCGGCCAUAAAUCCAGCUUUAAAUGAUUCUGAGAUUAUUGUCAACGAAUAUGAAGAAACAACUGUGCCAAAUGUAUAUGCAUUAGGUGAUAUCACCAGUGGCCGGCCGAAAUUAUUUUCGGUAGCUGUGGCUGCCGGGGAUCUCCUGGCUCAGCGGCUAUUUAGCGGUGCCGGCCGUACAAUGAAUUAUGAGAAUGUAGCGCGAAGAAUAUUCACGCCGUUGGAAUAUAGUUUCGUAGGUUUAACUGAAGAAGAGGCUGAGGAGCGGUUCGACAGAAGCGGCAUACAGAUACAUCAUGGUUACUACGAACCAUUAGAACUUGCUUUAACUCACCAUUGCACGAAUUUCUGCUACAUGAAAGUGAUCGCCAAAUGCGAUGAACAUUAUCCCAUCUUAGGCAUGCAUAUUACUGGACCGAAUGCUGGCGAAAUUAUGCAAGGUUUUUCCGUGGCCAUAAACUCCGGUUUAACUUUGCAUAAGCUAUUCGCGACGGUAGGAGUUUGCGCCACCAAUGCACAAAAUUUCACCCAACUUUUUAACAAAAAGAAUUAA